AGAGAGAGAAGGUAAGCACUAGCCAUUCCCCUCUCUAACCUAUUCUCACCAACUCGCAUCUAGAAGCAAUUCCCCUCUUUUUUUAAGAGUCAAAAGGCUAUAAAGGUACGCUCAAAUCCCUCACAAGGGCCGGCCUUACUGUUCCUGCAGCGACACGAAAAGCAAAACCGCCAUUUUCAGCAACCAAGCAGCGAAAGAAACUGAUUCAGAGAUACAAAUUUAAAAAAAGAAAAAAGAAGGAAUCAAAACUGUUUGCUCAAACUUGUUCCAACGGCGCCACAGACCUACAGAGGCUACUGGGUUUGUGUUGUUCUUCUUGUUCAUCCUCUGUUUUUCUUUGCCCUUUUGAUUCCUCUGGGUGUGUGGCGAAAUGGGUCGGUCGCCUUGCUGUGAAAAAGCGCAUACAAACAAGGGUGCGUGGACCAAAGAAGAAGAUGAGCGGCUGAUUGCGUAUAUCCGGGCUCAUGGUGAGGGCUGUUGGCGCUCUCUUCCUAAAGCCGCUGGCCUUCUUCGUUGCGGCAAGAGCUGUCGAUUGCGCUGGAUUAACUACCUCCGUCCCGAUCUUAAGCGCGGCAAUUUCACGAAAGAAGAGGAUGAGUUGAUAAUCAAGCUCCAUAGCCUUCUGGGUAACAAAUGGUCUUUGAUUGCUGGGAGAUUGCCUGGAAGAACGGACAACGAGAUCAAGAAUUACUGGAACACUCAUAUUAGAAGGAAGCUCUUGAACAGAGGAAUCGACCCUGUUACUCAUAGAUCCAUCAACGAGCCUGCUCAAGAAGUGGCUUCAUCAACGAUCUCUUUCACUGAUACUAACAUGAAAGUGAAAGUGGAAGAGGGUAAAGAUUUAGAAACAGAAGAACGGUGUCCAGAUUUGAACUUAGAGCUCAGAAUCAGCCCUCCUUAUCAGCUUAACCCUGAAGAAAUUGGAGCCAAGAACCUCUGUUUUGCUUGUAGUUUGGGAUUACAGAACAGUAAGGAUUGUAGCUGCAAAAUUGGGUGCAAUUUUGGGACAUCCACUGAGAAUAGUAGCUCAGUUGGGUAUGAUUUUCUGGGUAUAAAAAAUGGGAUUCUUGAUUACAGAAGCUUGGAGAUGAAGUGAGAUUCAAAACUGGGAUUCUUUGUGGUAAUAUAUUAGCUUCUAAUCUGUCUAAAUUCCUCACUUCCUCUGUUUUUGUAAGAUUUAUAGUGCAUAUUGGUAUAGUUUCAUUAUGAGUAUAGCUGAAGAAUUAGUUCAUA